UGCGGCUCCAAAAUGGCGUCGAGCUGCUCACUCUGAUUCUCGUGUUUCAUGUCUCCUCUGUCAGUGCCGCAUUUGACGAGCUUUCACCCAAACGCAACCACGCAGUUUAUAAUUUUACUGGAUGAGAAAAUUAUAACUAACUGCUAAACCAAACUACAUUUAUGGAUCCUUUGCACAGUUUUUAAAGAUGAGUGACAAACGCCAGAGAGCCAGAGUGCAAGGCUCAUGGGCACAACAGAAGCCAAGAGCCAAACCUCAAACUGCAGUUCCGGCGCAGAGUGAGCAGAGGGCGCUGUGGGCCGGAGGACUCCAGAGGAAAUCACCUGAAGAGAAAGGGUUUGAGUUCCAGCGCCCGGCACAGCUACUCAGAGAAAUCCCUCCAGAGAGACUCAUAGAUUCUUCCGGGGAUUAUGAGAUCAGCUCUGAACCCUCAGGAGUCUCCAGGCUUUGUCUGAUCCAUAACUUCCUGUCCACAGAAGAAGCUGAUUGGAUGUUCUCCAAACUGCUCCAUGAACUGCCCUGGAGCCAGAAGACCAACUACAGACUGGGAGAGGCGUAUGAGGAGCCUCGUCUGACCUGCUGGUUUGGAGACUUGCCGUACACAUACUCCCACUCCACCAUGAACGCCAACACACAGUGGCCCUCAGAGCUGCUCUCGCUCCGCUCUCUCCUCCACCAGCGUUUCAGUCUCGAUCUGAACUCCGUUCUGUGUAACCUGUACCGCAGCGGCCAUGACAGUAUCGGUUGGCAUAGCGACGAUGAGGCGUCGUUAGGAGAGCAUCCCACUAUCGCUUCCAUCAGUCUGGGAGACACACGUGUCUUUAGUCUGAGAAAGAAACCAGCUCCAGAGGAACAUGGAGACUUCACAUAUUGUCCACAUAUUAAAGUUCCUCUGAGCCAUGGCACUCUGCUCAUCAUGGAGGGAGCCACGCAGGACGACUGGCAGCACCAGGUGGCCAAAGAGUACCACGACCGAGGGCCCAGAAUCAACCUCACCUUUAGAACCAUCCACCAGGAGCCAGAGGGCCUCAGGGCAGCGGCCAAAACCAGGAAUCUAACCCACAACCUAUCCUAGACACCAGUAUUGACAACAGUACAGCUCCCCUACAGCCAGAGGGCCUCAGGACAGGGGACAAAACCAGGAAUCUAACCCACAACCUGAAUUUGACACCACUAUACACAGCACUACAGCUCCCUUUCAUCCAGAGAGUCACACACCUGGAGAAAAGUCAGAAAUCUAACCCACAACCUGCAUUAGACAGCACUACAGCCAACAGAGAAUAUCCUGUCACCAGAAACUUGGCCUGACACUGUGUGAAGUGUCUUACUCAAGGACUUAAGAACAGACUGAAGCAGAUCAGAAAGGUAAUCCAACCCACAAACUCCAUUAGACGGCACUACAGUCGCUCCAGUCAAUGUGUCAUCAGAGAAUAUUCUGUCAAAACACAUUUGACCUGAAAAUCUGGGGUGAGAAGUGUCUUGCUCAAGGACUUAACAACAGUGUGCAGCAGGUCAGAAUUGAACCCCCAGUGAUCAAAGGCUGUGCAUUACUGCCAUAAAAGGAAUUAUUUGAACAGGGGAAGUUGUGAUGCUUUUAUGGGUAUGAG